GCAGUGAACAAAACUCAAAGACAUUUUUCCCGCUAUCGUGCUUCCUUCUCAAUUUCUCUUUUUUUUGCAUUCCUUUCAGCAUUGCUGCGCUCACGAUCAUCGCGCUUUUCAGAAAAAGAAAACAAACAUCAUGUCUUCCAUCUACGACUUUAAGGUGAACGACGCGGAGCACAAGCCGUACGACCUCACGCAACACAAGGGCCACCCCCUGCUGAUCUACAACGUGGCCAGCCAGUGCGGCUACACGAAAGGCGGGUACGAGACGGCCACCGCGCUCUACAACAAGUACAAGGACCGCGGCUUCACGGUGCUUGCGUUUCCGUGCAACCAGUUCAAUGGGCAGGAGCCCGGCACGGAGGCAGAGGUGAAGGAGUUCGCGUGCACCCGCUUCAAGGCUGACUUCCCGAUAAUGGAGAAGAUCGACGUGAACGGCGACAAGGAGCACCCACUGUACCACUACCUGAAGCACGCACAGAAGGGUCUCCUCGGUAGCACGUCCGUGAAGUGGAACUUUACGGCGUUCUUGGUGGACAAGGAGGGCCACGCCGUGCACCGCUUCUCGCCCGGCGCGAAGACGGAGGAAAUCGAGAAGAAACUGCUGCCCCUGUUCGACGAUGCGGGCGCGAACACCGACAACUAA